CCAUCGGUUCGGCCUUCCUUUGGUAUCCGCGCGAAUUGCAUCCUACUUGCCUUGUGCUCGUCAUGGCCACGGAGGCGGAGCUCGAGACGGUCGACACCGAGGGCCAGAGCGCGCCCGCCGUCACCAGCCAAAAGUCCGUCACCGUGAGCGACCCGGCCGUCGUCGCCCUCUCGGAAGUGAAGCUGAGCUCGCAGAAAACGACGAACAAGUCCUACAAGUCAGACUGCAGCAACAUCACGCGGCCGGAGGGCUACCUCCCGGUCGGCCAGCGGCCCUCGGUUCCGCUGGUGCAGUCGACGAUCGGCAUCACGUCCGAGUGGCUCACUGAGGUCUACACGAUGCGCGGCUUUCUCAAAGAGGGCGGGAAGGUCACCUCGUGCAAUGUGAAGCCGCUCGGUGAGGGCGAGGGUGUGAUGGGCCUGCUCGCCAUCUGCACGGUCGAGCUCGAGAACGCCGAGGCGCACGCGCCGCUCCAGUUCGUCGCCAAGUUUUCGCCGUGCAAGACUUCGAUGCCGGGCUUCAUGCUCCGCUCCAUCUUCGGCGCCGAGGCGCACUGGUACAAUGACAUGGAGGAGCUCGACCAGGGGCUCGGCAGGCCCGCCGCCUUCUUCAUCGGCGCCAAGCUCUUCCACAAGCGCUUCUGGAAGCGGAAGCCUGUCUUCUGCAUGCUCGUCGAGAUGAUGCCCAAGCCGCUCUACUCGCGCACGUCUGGCUGCGACAACCUGCAGCACCUGCGGCUGGUGAUGACAUCGCUCGCCUCGUUCCACGCGCGGUGGUGGAAGGCGUCGAAGAAGGAGGAGCCGCUGACGUGGGUGUCGGCGCCGGGCACUGACCACAUGGGCCUCUUCAAGAACGCGCUCAUCUUUUCAGUCAACAAGGGCUUCCCGGCGCUACAGCGCUGCUGGGGAGACACCUACAAGCCGGUGCUCGCGAUGAAGCCGGUGAUCAUGCAGAAGCUCAAGUGGUUCGUGCGCGAGGUGUACAAGCCGCCGCUCACCCUCUGCCACGGCGACGUCCACCUCGACAACAUCUUCUUCGACGAGUCUUUCCCGACCGGCAUGAAGAUGAUUGACUUCGGAAACAUCUGCAUCGCGCAGGCGGGCUUUGACGUCGCCUACUUCCUCGCGCAAAACAUCGAGCCCGAGCUGCGCCGCACCUGCGAGGCGGAGCUCAUGCUGCUCUACCACGAGCGGCUCGUCCGCGACGGCGUCGAGGGCUACUCGCUCGACGACUGCUGGCGGUCGUACCGCCUCAACCUCUUCCGCGUCCUGAUCAACGUCAUGUUCGUCUCGUACGACCAGUUCGCGGCCGACGCGAAGCGCAAGCGCGGCAUGUUCGCCGAGACGCCCACCAAGGAGGACGAGAAGCUGCGCGCCACCUACGACGCCACCAACCGCCGCAUGGCCGCCGCCCUCGUCGACGCAAAGUUCGACGAGCUGCUCAGCAGCGAGGGCAAGACGAUGCACAACCCGUGCCGCUUCCUGCCCGGGGUGGGCAACUUUUGCGCCUGAGCGGCGCCCGCCCGCCCCUUCGGGGGGGGCGGGGGGCGGGGGCGCGAGCAGAGGCGCGGGGGGCGCAAGCAAAGGGCCGGUGCGCCCCUUCAUUAUAUUGCGCGCCGGUGCUGCGCCCCAUCGCGGCCGCCCCCCCUCCCCCGCUCCCCCUCCACUUCUCCUUGUCGAUAGAGGGCGAAGCUCUGACGAGGCGCAGAGCUCGCCGGCUGCGGGACUGGGCUUCGGGCGCCCUGGCCCGUCUGCCCUGUACGUUUAGAGGUCUGAUGUCCUGGCCGUGGCGCACAUCCGAGUGUGUGCCCCCCCCCAUGGUGCCCCCGCGACGCCGAGUCGUAUGAAGUAUUGAGUAUUGUGUGGUGCUGUUGGGCGUGUGCUGUGCUUUGUGCGUUUUGACUUGAAACGAGAACACAAAACCGAGUCA